CACCGCUGGAGUUGCUGCUGCUGCUUUGUGGUCCUUUGCUUGGCUUUCUGGGACAAAGCCCAGUUCAGGGAUAAGGUUAUGGCCUUGAAGCAGCCGUCGAGGUCAGGAUUUGGCCUCCCGUCCCUGGUGGGGCCAGAGCAACGGCAUCGUGCGGGCUUCAAAGUGGAGAGUCAAGAGACAACGGUCCUCAAUUCAGGGGGGGAAUUGGGGCAUGCAGGAAGUGCUCCCAUAAUGCGUGAGGGGAAACGUGUUGGUGUGGUGCUGCAAAGGUCUCCAGGAGAGCAAGUGAAAAAGGAACCGGGGGAGGGGAACCUUCAACGUUGGGAAGUCCAGUGGCAGGAAUUCCUGAAGACAGUGGAGACCCCUCGUUCAGGCUGGGGGGUCCCACAGUUGCCGGAGGAACCCAGCCCGUGGGAGGACGCUACAGUCUUCUUGGCCUCCUUCGAGCAAGUGGCCGGAGCCUGCCGGUGGCCCAAGGAAGAGUGGGCAGCCCGACUCCUGCCGGCCCUCAAUGGAGAAGCCGAGCAGGCCUUUAGCAGCCUGGAGGCCGGAGACAGAGAGGAUUAUGGGAAAGUGAAGGCCAUCAUCUUGCGAUGGGACGCUUUGGCCAGGGAGAGGUGGCGUCAACACUUCAGGCAUUUCCGCUACCAGGAGGCCGAGGGGCCCAGAGGGCUAUACAGUCAGCUCCAGGAGCUUUGCCGUCAAUGGCUGAAGGUCGAGAGACACUCCAAGGAGCAGAUCAUGGAACUGCUGAUCCUGGAGCAGUUCCUGACUGUCCUGCCACCAGAGACACAGAGCUGGGUGAGGGAGCAUGGCCCGGAGUCCUGCUCCCAAGCGGUGGCCUUGGCAGAGGAGUUCUUGCAGCUGCAACGAGAAGCUGACAAGAGGCUGGAACGAGAGGUGCCUAGCCCUGUGGUGGAAUCGGUCUCCGAGGCGGAGCAGGCCCCAUCUGACAGAGGGAAGAAUGUGCCGUGCGGAGAGGCCAAACAGGAGGAGGAGGAGGAGGGAGAGGAUGGCGAGAUCGGGUCCCAUGCUGAGCCACUAGGUGAUGUGUGGGAGAGUGAGAAUGAGGUGGAACCAGAUGGGGUCUCUUCAGAAACAGCAGAGCCUCAAGAGCCGGAAAAGAGCAUUGCCAUUCCAGAGGGACCAAAGAAGCAAGAGGUUAAACACAAAACAGAGAAAUGGAAGAAAAAAACCAGUAGUGGCCAGUGCGGUGGCUCCCAAGAAAUCCAAACCCAGCAAAAAACAUACAAAGGGAAGAGAUGGAUUAAGUGCCCUGUCUGUGGGAAAAUCUUCUGCCGACAGACGAGCUUUAAUGCACAUUGGAGGAUCCACACAGGGGAGAAGCCAAAUAAAAACUUGCAUUUUGGGAAGAGCUUUGGUUGGAGCACAAGCCUUACAUCACAUCAGAGAAUCCAAACAGGGGAGAAAGCUUAUCAAUGCCCGGGCUGCGACAAAACCUUUUCUGAUCUGCCGAGGCUCAAAAGGCAUCAGAGAACCCACACGGGAGAGAAACCGUACAAAUGCUCAUACUGUGGAAAGAGCUUCAGUCAGAGGCACCACUGUGCCUCCCAUGAAAGAAUCCACACAGGCGAGAAGCCAUAUAACUGCUCGGAUUGUAGCAAGAGCUUUUGUACCAAAUCGAGUCUUAAUGCACAUCGAAGAAUCCACACAGGGGAAAAGCCCCACAAAUGCUUGGAGUGCGGGAAGAGCUUCAGCAAGAGUACUAACCUUACUUCGCAUAAAAGACUCCACACGGGGGAGAAACCUUACAAAUGCUUGGUGUGUGGAAGGAGCUUCAGUCGGAGUGAACACCUUACUUCGCAUCAGAGAAUCCACACGGGGGAGAAACCAUACAUCUGUUCAUACUGUAGCAAGAACUUUUGCAGUAAAUCCAGCCUUAAGGCACAUCAGAGGAUCCACACAGGGGAGAAACCAUAUAAAUGCUUGGAGUGUGGUAAAAGCUUCAGGUGGAGCACAUACCUUGCUUCACAUCAAGAAAUCCACAAAGAGGAGAAAGAGUAUAAAUGCUCAGAGUGUGGAAAGAGCGAACACCUAACUUUACAUCAUGGAAUGCACACAGAAUAAAAGCUAUGCAAAGCCUGUCUGAGCAUUCAAACCUUAUUUGCCAUCAGAAAACUCACACAGCCAGAGACACUGUAUACUUGUUCAGAAAAUGGCAACAUGAUCAGACAAUGGGCAGCUUGUGAUGCGUGUCUGUGUAUUUAGACAUGAGCAGCAUUCAGAACGGGAACCUUUUGAGUGUGGGGGAAUCCUUAAUUUUGCACCAGGAAGUCUUGAGAGACAAGCAGUCACGUAACUAGCAGGGCUGCAGUGUUUACCCAGUUAAUCAU